CGGACGCUGCUUCUGCCAAUCUAUUUCAGGGUACACCCUCCGCGUGACGUAUACGCGAUUGAUUGGCUCUCACCACCGUGCCAGCGAAUGACCCUUGAUGGUGACGUCUACGCCGUCGACUUCGGGGAGGAGCCGCUGGUACAAGUACAGAAGACGUUGGCUGGAGAGAAAUGAGCACCCUGCUGCUAGUCGAAGCCUUCUAUGGAGGGUCCCACAAGCAGCUGAUGGACCUAAUUAAAGAAGAGGUAGAAGGCUGUAUUUUGUAUACACUCCCGGCGAAGAAAUGGCACUGGCGAGCACGGACAGCCGCACUGUAUUUCAUGCAAGCGAUUUUACCCAGUGAUACCUACAGGGUUCUAUUUACAAGUUCAGUUUUGAACCUGGCAGAACUUGUGGCGCUUCGACCAGACCUGGGCAAAUUAAAAAAGAUCCUCUACUUCCACGAGAACCAGUUGAUCUAUCCUGUUCAAAAGAGUCAAGAGAGAGACUUUCAGUAUGGCUAUAACCAAAUUCUUUCAUGUUUAGUUGCAGAUACUGUGGUGUUCAAUUCUGCCUUCAACAUGGAAUCUUUUCUAACUUCUAUAAAAACCUUUCUGAAGAAGAUACCGGACCAUCGUCCCAAGAAUCUGGAAGAAAUUAUCAGACCAAAAUGCCGGGUCCUUUAUUUUCCCAUUAAUUUUCCAGACAUCAGGCAGUAUCUGCCAGAGCAUAAAUGCAUACCCCAUAACCUAGCGGAUAAAUCAUCUAGUGAUAUCUGUUAUUGCCCAAAAACAUCAAUUCAGACAGGACGUAUGUCUGUGGAAUUCAGUGAUCAUCAAAUGCAGUGCUCUAUUGAUGAGUCAUCUGCUGAACAAGAGAAAACAGCAGUCUCUGAAAAAAACAAUUGUGAAGUUGGUGAUCAUGUGAUUGUACAUUCACAAAGUACCUUGGCUGGCGAUAUUCAUCAGGAAAAGCCCUUGCAUAUUGUGUGGCCUCAUAGAUGGGAACAUGAUAAAGACCCAGAAACGUUCUUUAAAGUAUUGCUGAAACUUAAAGAAAAGGAGCUGACUUUUCAUCUAUCAGUCCUUGGAGAAACCUUUACCGAUGUACCAGAUAUAUUUUCUGAAGCCAGAAUAACCUUGGGAUCGUCUGUCUUGCACUGGGGCUAUUUAGCCAGCAAAGAUGACUAUUUGCAAGCUCUCUGCAUGGCUGAUGUUGUCGUUUCAACAGCUAAACAUGAAUUCUUUGGCGUGGCAAUGCUGGAAGCUGUGCACUGUGGCUGCUAUCCCCUGUGCCCCAAAUCCUUGGUGUACCCCGAAAUUUUCCCAGCAGUAUAUCUGUAUUCUUCACCUGAACAGCUUUUGCGAAAGCUCGAGGAUUUCUGUAAGAGGCCGGAUAUUGUAAGGAGACACCGAUUUCAGGGAGAAACUGAACGCUUUUCUUGGGCAGCACUACGUGGUGAAUUCAGGUCUCUGCUCGAUGCCGAACCAAGGGAAGAUUUGUGACAGAUGGGGCUAAGUCACAAACUUGCAGCCUAAGGCAGAAUUUGUAGAACUUUCCAGAUCAUGCCCAUAUUUACCUGAUCAGAGAGAAAAGAAAAUCAGCAGAGGAAGCCGAGCCUGGCUGCUUGUCAUAGCUGACACAAAGCCAUCUGCCACAAACCUGUGGCGGCUUCAAAACUACAGUCCCUGCCACCUCCCUAAUUCAAAUUAAAUACAGAUUCCCUGAGACGGUUACACAUGUCCUCAGAAUCACAUGCAGGAGACUGUUCAAAAAAAAUAUGUGGCCUGUUGUAUAACCGCACUCAUGUAUCCCAUAUGUAGUGCCACAUUGAAUUUCCGGUUGGAUCUGUUUUUAUCCUUUGUACUGGAUGACAUGGUGCCUGAAUUCUUUCUUUUCGCCGACGCGAUGGCAGCCAAGCUGAAGAUUCAAACGUUCACACUUGGCUGGAUUUCUACCUAGGUUGCCAGGUUAUCAUCCGAGCCUUAUUGUGUCCUCAAAGGGCCACAGGGCCUGAAAGGAGGAUCAGAGUGCUACUGGGCUAAUUGGGCAGCCAGCCAUGACUUGUUUGCAGGCAAAGGGCUGCUCUAGCACUUUUUUUUUCUCUCUCUUGCAAAUUAAUGACUCCCUGGCACAGAGGUUUUUGGCCAGGGUAGGUCUGGCAGGUAUUCCCAUGAUUCACAGAGUUACAUUUGCAUUUAAUUAAUCUUAAAGAAAGCUGCAAGAUAAACAGCUGUAAUUCAAACGAACAGGGGAAAUCCGUUAGUCGGUGCCCUCUCUCACGCAGGGUGAGCAAGCAGAUAGCAAGCAGGCAGAUAUUCUGGAGAGCCAGGCCAGUGCUGCAUCUGGGAUCUCUGCAUUUCAAUUCCUUACUAGAGAAUCACUCAACGGCCUAAUGUUUACCUGCCAAUUUCUUUGCAGUGUCCUUAAUGUUUUAAAGAUUGUGUACUUCUUCAAUAAAAAAAUAAUUUCA